GGAGAGGGAUGUCUCCACGGACCAUCUUGUUUUGAUAGAAGGACAGAAAACACACCUUUACGCACGGAUCUUUCUUUUUCUUUGGAAGCAGUUGUUUCCCGGCGGACACAAUGCUCCCCAGUCCGGUUAUAACGUCCUCCAGCACUCCCUUUUCGGUCAAGGAUAUCUUGAAGUUGGAGCUGCAGCAGCAAUCUCAAGAGUUCCAGUUCAUCUCCUGUCUCUCUGGUUUCUCAGGAACUCUCCCCCUGCAGCCGGGAGUUUUUCGAACACACUCGCCGCCAUCCUGCAUGCUUGCUCGCAGGGAAAGCCCGAGUCCUAUGAGCUCAGAAAGCGACGAAAGGAUGUCGUACCUCGGAGCGCUCGCAGGACCCGACCGACUGCACUCAGAGACGGGGCUGCCGGUGGAGAUGUUCGGCAAUCCGGCGCAGAUCCAUCCUGUGGAGCUGGAACUGGAGAACGAACAGGAGGAUCGAGACACUAAGCUUGGCGGUGCGUUGCAAGCCGAGGAGGCCGAGAAGCCGCCCGUCAAACAGCCGAGGACCAGGAGGAAGCCCCGAGUGCUCUUCUCUCAGACUCAGGUGUUCGAGCUGGAGCGUCGCUUCAAGCGGCAACGCUACUUGUCCGCCCCGGAGAGAGAGCACCUCGCCGGCUCGCUCAAACUCACCCCGACGCAGGUGAAGAUCUGGUUCCAGAACCGGAGGUAUAAAUGCAAAAGGCAGCGGCAGGACAAGACUCUAGAGAUGGCUGGGCAUCAUCACCACCACCACCAUCAUCAUCACCCACCGGGUCCUCCGCCGCCUCCUCCACCACCAAGGAGGGUGGCAGUGCCGGUGCUUGUGCGGGACGGCAGGCCUUGUUUGACAGGAUCUCCGACUUAUAACACUUCCUACUCAGCUGUGGGAGCUCCGAGCCCGUACGGGUACAACAGCUAUCCGGCAUACAGCUACAACAACUCGGUCUACACAAAUACUUAUUCUUGUACUAGUUUACCUUCUCUACCAGCUUCCAACACCACCGCCAACGCUUUCGUGAACAUGAAUUUUGGAGCCCUGGGUGCGCAAACGCAGAGUCAGUCCGCACAGGGGACGGUGGUCCCUUCAUGCCAGGGGGCUCUGCAGGGAAUCCGCGCAUGGUAAUUGGACGAACAGCUUGGACGUACCUUUUGCGGAUGACAAAGACAUACGCAAUGAAAUGACAGUUACACUUUUCAUAGAUUUUGACUGUUUUCUGAAUGGAGUGGAACCACAAUUUAAAAGGUUUGACUGAAAUAUAUGCUAAAGUGUGGAAACGCCUUUAAUGAAGAUGCUGUUUACGUACAGCUCAAGUCAAAUGAACGCCAUAAUUGACUGAAUCAGGCAAAACGUGAGGUUUAUUAUUAUUAUGAUAUGAAUAUUCACGUGCACGCGUGGCAUGCACAAUUUUUGUCAGUUCAUUAAUGGAGCAAUUUUUAUUUAUGGCUGUUGACGCUCAUAUAGUUCAAUAAACUGAUAAUGAUUUAUAGUAAUAAUAAUAUUACA